CCCUGCGUCGCAAGUUGCUUGCUCACGCAGUGGGAGCGACGUUUUGAAGUACAAGGUGAGCCCAGGUUGCAUUCAUAUAGCAGGAACUUGUUGUAUUGCAGCUGGGUUCUGAUUACUGAGGGUUCUGCCAGCUCGUGUGAACUGAUCGAUAGCAUCGACUGGACAAGAGGGCGAUUCUGUUUAGGUGGAGAAUUCUGUUUGUAAACAAGUGAAGCUCUUUGGUGUUCCUGCGGUCAGGGCGAUUGUGUUUUGAGCACCGCAAGCUGUGCAACCUUUCGCAGAAUGACACUACGAUUGUGUGGGUCAUUUGCGUUCAGAGUGAUCAUCUCUGUGGAUGUGUGUUAUUUAUCAUUAUCUAUCUUUCAGCUUUGUAUACGUUAACAACGUGGGACGGAUUUGGGCGUGUUGGCGUGCAUUGAUUCAAUUCGAAGCCUGACGGUGCCUAACUGCGGGUGGUGGCGAUUCAAUCGGGAAAAUUCAUGGAGACGAAAGCUUGUACUGUGUGCUCGAUGAACUGUCUCAAGCUGCACGGGGAUGAAGAUGAGGAUGCCGAUCGAAACAAACGGAUGCUGGAUUCUUCUCGUGGGAGAAAGAAGGACGCAGCAUCCCAUUUGCUCCCAUCAUUUUUAAAGAAGAUGACAGAGGUCGCUAUUAAAUCUAAGCUGCAAAUGCCAGUUUCGUUCGUGAGGAACUCGGUCACACGAAUCGGCAAAACAAUCAUACUGGAAGGACCAAGCACAAAUAAGUGGAGCGUUGAGGUUUGGCCCGGCUCAGUUCAGAAAAGGAGCUUAGAAUUCAGAGAUGGCUGGCAGAAGUUUGUGAAGGAUCAUAACCUGCAGAUAGGGGACCAAUUAUGCUUCACACUUACAUCGGACUCUCAUUUCCAAGUUAUGGUCUACGAUGAGAGUGGGUCUCAGAAAGCAAGCGCCAUGGAUGCAAUAAACUCGACUGUUACAAUCAAACAUGAGCCGAAGCAUCUGUCGAAAGUCAGAUCUGAUGUUCGAACCAAGGGGCCUGAGGCGAGGCUAAAGCAGAAGGUGACGAAGAGAAUUCGGAUUAAGAGUGCCGUGAAGCCGACAGUCGUCGUGGUACAUUCGAGCGACUCAGAGCUUGGGAACAGUGAACCACCAGAAAAGGAUGAGAAUUUAAAGGAAAUAAUUAGCAAAGAGAAAAUACAAGACUGCCCUGGAAUGGACGGAAGCCUUGCUGAUCCAAAGCCACUGCUUGCCCCACAUAUUCUACAGGGGGGGCAUGUCGUCUCUCAGCGGCGUUCAGUAACUCCAGCAGAGAAAGAGAGAGCUCUGAAUGCCGCUAGAGACUUGGCCGACACCCUUACAAAUCCAAAGCUUGUGAUGGUAAUGACAAAAGCUUAUGUAUAUAAAGGAUUUUGGAUGGUACUCAAUAAGGUCUUCUCGAAUGCACACAUGCCACACGAGUCGAGAGAAGUAACUCUGUGCAACAAAGCUGGACACUCAUGGCCUGUGAAAUGGCUGUUCAAAACGACAACGAACUCGUCGGGCUUCAGUGGUGGCUGGAGAGGAUUCGCCCUAGAUAACCGCUUGGAAGAAUCGGAUGUGUGCGUAUUUGAAAUGGUGGAUGAAAAAUAUUUUGUUAUACUAGUUCACUUGUUCCGAGCCAUAGGGCAGCCGAGCGAAGAUGCAGGCGAUUAUCGCCCAUCUCCUGGUAGGGGUCGCAAUGCCAAUCGGAGAAAACGCAAGGCAAUAGAUUCUCCCCUUGACACUAGAUGUACGAAGAUAAAACUCUUCCACUCUGGAGAUUUGAAGUCCCCGGCUGGAUGCUCUAGGGCAAAAUAUCUCUACCAUACCCAGUCGCAGGAGGCAGAGAACUUGGCUCAAAUGGUUGGCUGUUCACAAAAACAGCAGAAAGAUACUUGUACAGCUAGCCACGGCAAAGUUCUGCACCAAGACGAAGGAAAAGAGGUCACUUCCACAGCAAUUACUUCCUCAUGUGAUACAGACUUUACAUCUGAUAAUCCAUCUUCAGAAGCGUUGGAGACUUUUGAACGGAGAACAGCCCUUCAAAUCCGCCCAUUACAUGCGUUUCAAUUUCCACGAAGAAAGACCGGAUCUUUUCGAGAUUAUCUCAUGGAUCUCGGAAAAGAGUUGGUGGGUCAACAAGCUGCUAUGGCCGCGCCCAAACGGUCCUCACCUCCAGCUUCACGAAAAACCCAGAUAUCUCCGUCUUUGGAAGUUUGA